CUGGUUACUGUAAAUUUCUUGGAUGUGUGAAUUGUGCUCAAUAAUGGUAAAUUGGUUACUUCAUUACAAGAAUCCGCGUGGACCCAGAUACACCGAGGCGGAAAACUGUGUCCUAGUGGAUGGCGGCAACAGGUCCUACAACGUUCUGUAUGGACCAAGGGCACAGACAACAGCAGCAAAGACGAAGAUAAACAUCUGGGAUGCCAUCGCGAGACAAGUCACUGCAAUAUCUGGAAAUUGCCGGAGCACCAGAAACUGCAUGAAGCGGUACAGUGAUUGCCGUAGAUAGACCAAGAAAAAGAUGGGGAUUCAGCGCCGACAUGAGACAGCUACCGGAGGUGGUCCGCCUCUCAAUUUCAAGUGGCUGCCCUGGGAGGAAGUUAUAAAAAGGCGCAUGAACCCUGUCAUGGUCCAAGGAGUUUGCGGAGGUGUGGACUCCACCCGUCCUGCUGACUUUCCCGAGAAGGAAGAACCGCCCAGAAGACGGAAGACGGUGGGAGACAAGCAGUCCAAAAGGAGGCGUGAUGACACGCCUGCCCAGAGGACAUCACCUGCGCGCAGGACAUCACCAGCGCGCAGACCAUCACCUGCACGCUGGACAUCGCCAGCGCACAGACCAUCACCUGCGCGGCAGGCAUCAGCACGCAGAACGUCACCUGCGCGCCAGACAUUGUCAGCGCGCAGACCAUCACCUGCGCGCCAGACAUCGUCAGCGCCCACACCACCACCUGGGCGCCAAACUACAUCACCUGCACGCAGGGCAUCACCAGCUCGUGAUCUCUCCAGGAGCUCAGAGACUGUGACACAAGAGCCUCAAGAAGACAGUACCCUUGUGGACCCAUCACCUGAACUGUUUGAGUCGACAGGGUUAACCGACGAGAUUUUUCUAGGGUUUGAUGACAGCCGUGCAGACGCAUCCAGCCAUACCCAAGAAAAGUCUCCAGAAUUGAGGACCAGUGAAGCUCCUGGAGCAGUGGCACCACAGAAUGGAGAAGAGGUGCCACGGACCAGCAGCAGAUUGGCAUCAGGGAUUGGUCCCUACUUCAGGCCGGAUCUCUUACAGGAUGAGUCGGACGACGAGGUGGAAGUGCAGCAGCCCGCAGUUUCUAUAUCCCUGUCUGCACAAAUGCAAUUGGUGGCAGACAUUCAGCAAGGGCAGGAUCCCUCAAAUAUUCAGAGGGUAAACACCCUGGCAGCAGAGAUGAAUGCCCGCCAGGAUAAUUUUACGGAUGUCGUUGAUACCAGACUGGAGGCCAUUGAGAAGACAAUGGAGAAGAUGGAAACCAGUAUGGUUGACAUGCAGAAGGCUCUUGCCGACAGCACAGCAGAAACACGAAAGACCAGGCAGGAAGAUCAAAGGCAAACUAUGGACAUCCUUCACGUUCUGGUCACAUCCAUCAACCGGCUGGUGGAUAACACUGCAUGCCAGUCACACAGCAUUCAGAACAUGUCGGAGAGCCAGCGACAUUCCGCAGCCAACCACCAGAUCAUCGCAACAACGCUACAGAUGAUCUAUGAAAAACUCCCAGAGCCAGCUCAUCAACAUGCUGAAUGGUUGAAAAAUUGUCGUGGACAGCGUAGUUCGUGUUGUGCGUACCAAGGUCACAUAAAGGAUUCGGCUAAAUUCAUGGUGAAAGCCAUGAGGGAGAUUGGGCUGACUAGAGCAUCCUCCAUGGCAGAAGCUGCUCGCAGAGGUCUCUGGAUCCGCCAAUGGAACGCAGACGCCGAAUCCAAGAGGUACCUCCCCUUCGCAGUCCCCUUGGGCUGCCAGACCGAGAAAAUUCGGGAGGGCCUACUUCUGCACGAGGCUAGGCCAUAG